UCUUCAGUGCAUUGUUAGUCUAGUGGGCCUUGUCUUGUCCACUUUUUCUCUCCCCUUUUUUCUUUGCGGCAACUGCUGGCAGUUCGCUCGCACCUUUGCAUUUUCGUCUUCCUGUUUCCCCAGUUGUUUUCUCUUUCGCUCCUGUUCGGACAACCGCUGGUCGGUGUUCGAACUUUCCCCAAUAGGCAAUACUUUCUUGCACUUGUGCGCUGGUCGAUCGCAAACGCAGUCUUUGCCGCUCGGUGAUCGCUUCGUAAGAUACAUCGGCGAGGUUUCUCUUCGACUCUCAGCACAACGGUUCUUCCCAACACACAGCAGCAACAUGACGGAUAUUGUUCGCGGAGUGAUGGCUGAGGAGAGCCUGUUCACGGAGUGCGUGCCGAACAUGUACCGCAUCCAGGAUGUGUUUGGCACCAGCCGCUGCUUCUGCGCCCGCUGCAGCCGCGUGUGGACGUCGCACAUGACCUGGGUGAAGUUUGACCUGCGUAGCCAGCGCAUCCUGAAGAACUGGAAGCAGCUGUGCAUGGUCUGCAGCUCCACGGUCAACCCCUACAUCAACAGCGAGGAGCUGGAGCGUAUGGCGAGACUGGCAGUGGAGCGCUGUGUGGCACUGACAAGCGGGACGUUUGUUCUCCGGUCGUCACAGCGGCGCAACCCUCCGCACAACACGAUGGCGUGCGAGAAGUGUCGCGACGGCGGACGUCCAUGUUGGAUCAUAAAACAGAAGAAGGACGGAGAGGAGGAUUCAUCGUCACCCUGUCCGUCAGAGUCCGGUGCUUCAUCCGGCAGCUGCUCUGACAUCGACGCCAUCUCCAAUGACUUUUCCCAGCUAGUCGUCAACAGUGCAGAUUCAUCCAAGGCCAACUCGCGCGCCCCGAGUCCCCGCAACGAGGAGCCCAGCGCUCCCACCUUGCCGACAAGUGCCACACGACCGUACGUGGGAGGCCAGUUUGCCUACAAUCAACCUGGUGCCGUCGUCUUCUACCCGCCAUCACACUACGCUAGUCCAGUUUACUACACCUCGCCAGCACAGGUCUACCAAGUCCAGCCAACACGGUAUCAGCAGGCACCUGUCUACACUGGCUUGCCUAUCGCUAACUGGUACUGAGAUUUUUGAUUGCACGCAUGCCAUCACCACCCACCGUAGCAGCCAUGCUCCAACCCGGCAGGAAGGCAAUCCUGACGACGGAUUUCUGCUCAUGAAAGAUGUCCAACUUCUGUUUUCGUAUGUCCUUGUCUGGUGCGUCACUUAGUCAUGCACGUUACAUGUUUGUACCCGUUUGUUCCUAGUCUUUAGAUAGGAUAGUGUUGCUAUAAGUAUGUUGUCAUGUCUCCUCUACAAUGUCUCUGUAUUGAUCUGUAGAUAUGGCCUGCACUUCACCCAAUCUAAACUCUUAAAUUUCACGUCAAACUAGAUUUUGGCCCGCACCACUGCAACCCAUUAUCUGUGCACGCCUGCCGGACUGAGUCUGCAUGACUGCACUCCUCUUUCUCUGCACUCUGCCUGGAGUGUGUUCUUUGCACCGCGCCUAACGCAAUAGAAUUGCGAUGGCAAUGCACCAGCUAAUGCGGUCACCAUCUCUUUCUUUCACCCUGACACUUGUCCUCUCCACUGGGGCCAUCCUCUUAAUUGAAAAUGGCCCGCACCAUGUGCACACAAGCACACAACUCACACAUUUUCAUUGCCCGCGCUGUCCGUGUGCACUUUUCAGAAAAAAAGACCAGUCUGUGACUGGUUUUCCUGCACUUAGCCUUUCUCGAUACAAUCUCCCUGCUCUAUACCCUAGUUUGACACUACCCCGAAGAGGGAUCAUCGCCACUGCUAUAUCUCUCUGAUGUUUAGGAAAACUGCUGGUCAGUUGUCCUUUUACAACAAGACAAUGUCAAUAGUUUUUAAACUUUUGCACCGAGCACUCCCUUUGUCAAUCUUUUCUUCUUUUCCUUUCUGUUUUCUUUUCUCCGUACACAUUAUCACACUCAUCACUGCACAGUCUAACUCCGUGAGUUUUUUUCUCUGCUUUGCUGCUGGCCAGCUGCCAAGAGUGAAUCUUCAUUGAGCACUGUGAUAAAUCUCUGAGUGCAG